GGACACCACUGAGGUGGCCAUGGUAAGAAGCUGUAUCAGGCAGGGUCUGAUUAAAGUGUCUCAAAGGACACCCUGGCUGCUCCGGAAGUGCCAGCAGAGGGCAGAGAGGAAGGAGGGAACUCAGAGAAGAGGCUCUGUUGGUGUGCAGGGUACCAGCUGACACCAUCGUGGAGGUGGAGGAGAUAGGCCAGCUAGUAACACCUGGCCAUUGAGGGUGGAGAAAAGAGGGAGUUUCUAUGUGUGAUAGUUGGCAUAUAGUUGGCCCAGGGAGUGGCACUAUUAAAAGAUGUGACUCUGUUGGAGUGGGUGUGUCACUGUGCAUGUGGGUUUUAAGACCCUCAUCUUGGCUGCCUGGGAGUAUUCUGUUAGUAGCCUUCAGAUGAAGAUGUAGAACUCUCAGCUCCUCCUGCACCAUGCCUGCCUGGAUGCUGCCAUGUUCCCACCCUGUUGAUAAUGGACUGAACCUCUGAACCUGUAUCCAUUUCAACAUUUCUGGCUGUGUGGCAGCAGGCCAGCCUGAGGAGAGCAGAGCAGGACCUGUGGAGCCGCUCCUCACAGAGCUCUAUCUGCUGGAGGCAGGGUCAUGGUGCAGUCCCUGGCCUUGGCAGGUGUGACGACUCUGCUGAUGAUCCAGUGGGGCUCUGCUGCAAAACUGUUCUGCUACUUCACCAACUGGGCCCAGUACCGGUCCGGGGCAGCUCGAUUCCUACCUAGGGAUGUGGAUCCCAACCUGUGUACCCAUGUCAUCUAUGCCUUUGCUGGACUGAACAACCACCAGGUCAGCACUGUAGAGCCCAAUGACGAGCUUUUCUACCAAGAGCUGAACAGCCUAAAGAAGAGGAACCCCAAGCUCAAGACCCUGUUAGCCGUCGGGGGCUGGAGCUUUGGUACCCAGAAGUUCACAGACAUGGUGGCCACAGCCAGCACCCGGCAGACCUUUGUCAACUCAGCUCUCUCGUUCCUGCGCACUCAUGGUUUUGACGGCCUUGACCUUGACUGGGAAUACCCAGGAAGCCGAGGGAGCCCAGCAGUAGACAAAGAGAGAUUCACAGCGCUGAUACAGGAUUUGGCCAAAGCCUUCCAGGAGGAAGCCCGGGCCUCAGGGAAAAGUCGCCUCCUUCUGACUGCAGCUGUACCAACUGGUCGAGGCCAUGUGGAUGCUGGUUAUGAGGUGGACAAGAUUGUUCAGAGUUUGGAUUUCAUCAACCUUAUGGCCUACGACUUCCACAGCUCCUGGGACAAGACCACAGGGCACAACAGCCCCCUCUACAAAAGGCAAGGAGAGACUGGGAAAGAUGCUGAAAAAAAUGUGGAUGCUGCUGUGACGCUCUGGCUGCAGAAGGGGACCCCUGCCAGCAAACUGAUGCUUGGCAUGCCCGCCUACGGACGCUCCUUCACCUUGGCCUCCUCAUCAGACAGUGGAGUUGGGGCUCCAGCCACAGGACCUGGGGCCCCAGGCCCCUAUACUAAGGAAAAGGGGAUACUGGUUUACUUUGAGGUCUGCUCCUGGAAGGGAAAACAGAGAAUCGAGGACCAGAAGGUGCCCUAUGUCUCCCAGGGCAACCAAUGGGUGGGAUUUGAUGACAGGGAAAGCUUCAGAGCCAAGGCUGCCUAUGUGAAACAGAAGGGACUGGGAGGGGCCAUGGUCUGGAUUCUGGAUGGGGAUGACUUCAAAGGUUCCUUCUGCAACGAGGGCCAGUACCCUCUCAUCCGGACACUACACCAGGAGCUGAGCCUUUCAUCCGGGCCUCCAAGAAGCCCAGAACAGGAAGUACCUGGGCCACACCAGCCUUCUGAGCCCGAGCAGGGCCCCAGCCCAGGGCUAGAUGACUUCUGCCAAGGCAAAGCUGAUGGGCUCUACCCCAACCCUACAGAAAAGUCCAGUUUCUACAGCUGUGGAGGGGGGCGACUGUUCCAGCACAGCUGCCCCCCAGGCCUGGUGUUUAUCGACUCUUGCAAAUGCUGUACCUGGGGUUGAGUCCCUGGAGUCCCAUCAGACUCCAGUCUGAGGCCAGGCUUGGGACGCCCCGCCCCCUGCCAGUAGCUUGCUUCUGCUUUCCCUGGGGGGCUGCAGGAGGCCUCUCUGUUCUUUCCCUGACUCGGCCUCUGCUCAGCUUUUUGGCUUCCUUUUUGUCUCUUCUAGGCUCCCGCUUUACCUGAAAAAAUAAACUUAUUUUUCACCCCCG